AUGGCACUCAAACGAAUCUUAUCGGUCAAGAAUCUCAAGCCUCUUUGGGAGGAGACCACCAUGGUGCGGCAGUGUACUAACUCUCGAGUGUUAUGUUGCUAUAAACUCGAAGACAAUGAGGUGGACGAUGACGAGAAAGCGCACCUCAAAACGCGUCUAGACCUUCUACUCACCGUCCGGCACCAGGGGAUGCGCCUUAUUUAUGAGCCCACUAGUCCGCCUUAUCUGUUCUACGCCUACUGUGGCGGGGGCAGUCUUCAAGAUGCCUUCAAGAGCCAUAUUCUUCAAGAGACGAAAUUCUCGCGUGACGAAAUUUUGGACAUGUUGUAUCAACUUGCAAGCUUGUGCAUCUUUUUGUACGAGUCCCAGACAGGCAUACUGGAUGAAAAUAGCAUAAUCAUAGAUCCUCGAUGCAUAUUCUACGAUGAUUACGGUAUGUUGCGGGUGGAGUUCGGCUGCCCAAUGUUCAAGAUGGUCCAUGUAAAGAAGAAAUUUACAAGCACUGCAGAUGCUGGAGAUGUUGUGAUGAUGACAUCUCUCCCCUUGCCCGAUCUGUUCUACGAUAUGAGUGGCGCUAUCGAUCCAGAGUCUAUGAUGGGUGCCAACAUCUUUAACAGAAGGGAUAACUUCUCUGACAUCGCAUCGGAUACAAGUGCAUCGGUAUCUGAAGUAGCAAUGGCAGACUCUUCAACCAAUGCUAUCACUAACUCAGAGCAUAACUCCAGUGUUCAGUCUAACACCCAGUCUAACGCCAAAGCCUCUAAGUACCUGCAUGACCCCCUGACUCCUUACAGGCGGCAACCAUUAAACACUGAUAUCUGUCACCAUGAUCGGUAUGUACCACCAGAAUAUUACAACCAACAGCAGGACACGCCAGAAGGUGUAGUAUGGAGUAUUGGGCGGCUACUCUAUGAUGCCUGUCAGCUCACUGGAUCAAUUCACAAGACUGCUCUUUCAUCACUGGAUAAGGAGUACUACACAAAGGGACUGGACAAGGAAUACGGAGCAGAUUUAGCCAUCCUUCUACGUAGCAUGAUGCAAACUAAUUACAGGAAGAGGCCUACCUUGAGUUACAUCUUGAAUCUGCCCCUUCUCAUGGGUGCUCGAAGGAGCUUUGAGGAGAGACACGGUAUUGUGCGAACGGCUGACGGAAAUACACAACUUAUGAUCGCAGCUGCUGAGGGGGACAUUGCAUCCGUCCGGAGAUAUCUCUACCAGCGAUGCUACAGGAAUAACCGGGGGGAAACAGCUCUGAUGCUUGCUUUGAAGCACGGACAAGAGGACGCAGGGCUUUUGUUAGCAGAUGAAGAGUGUGGAUUUGUGGAUACAGAUGGCAAUUUCGGGGCCAAGUAUGCUCUGUCUAAUAGUAUAAGUACAGUGUUUCAGAAGCUAUCUGUGACAGAGAGGUUCCUCCUAAUUAAGUACGGUAUUACACACUUGAUGAUUGCUGCCACCAGCGGCGAUGUUGCAGGCGUAUCCUCCUAUCUGGAGGGCAGCGCAGGCUUGGUCCUCAACGGACCAGGAACGACAGCGCUAAUGAUGGCGGCGUCUGUUGGUUCGACAGGAUGCGUGGAGCAGCUUGCGGCAUACGAGGCCCGGAUACAGGAUGCCAAGGGAAUGACCGCCAUGAUGCACGCUGUACUUCGCGGACAGACCGAUGUGGUCUGCUUUCUGAGUCAAUAUGAGGCUAAUUAUUUGGAUAAUAACGGUAUCAGCGCCCUUAUUCAUGCUGUCUAUGAGCAUGAACGGAUAAAAGAAAAGAUAAGACAGGAAACUAAAGCCAUCCGGCCCGGGAAUAUAGGCGUGUUGAGUGCCAGGUGUGGGCAGUUGCUUUAUAUUAUUUCGCACCUAGCACCGUUGGAGGCGCGUCACAGAACCUCUGGUGGCUACUCUGCACUUAUGCUCGCGGCCCAGUAUGGAAAUAUUCGCGCUGUUGAGUCACUUCUUAAGUACGAAGGUGGACUGCAAGCAGAGGAUGGAACAACUGCCCUUAUGCUAGCUAUCCGCUAUGGGUACACAUCUGUUGCUAAAGUUCUGGUACCAAUUGAGGCGGGGUUAACUACCAACGGUAAAAGCACCCAGGGGGACAAGUACACUGCACUUAUGGAAGCUGCUGUAUGUGGGGAUCUGGAAAUUGUCAAUGCUCUUGCUCCAAAAGAAGUCCAUAUCGUACAGACCCCAACAACGAAGUUUCCUGCCGGGAAGACAGCUGCAGAUUGGGGCACAGAGUCAGCUGUCUCCGUGGACACAAAAACAAAGCAAGACGUUCUCUUUGCUCUGAUGAUCUACCAAGAGCGUGUAAAACUUGCUGAUUCACCCGUCCAAAAGACAUUCAAGGAGUUCCUUAUGCUGCUAUCUCCACUUAUAGUUCUUUUGGUCAUGCUUCUACGCAAAUAUGCAAGAUAG